GUCGACCAUCUUGCAGCAGCAGUUCAACCGCACCGGGAAGGUGGAGCAUGGCUCCGUGGCGCUUCCGGCCGUCAUGCGCUCCGGCUCCACCGGCCCCGAGACCUUCAACAUGGGCAGCAUGCCCUCCCCACAGCAGCAGGUGACGGUGGGGCAGAUGCACCGGGCCCACAUGCCCCCUCUGACCUCCGCCCAGCAGGCUCUGAUGGGCACCAUCACCACCAGCAUGCAGGCUGUCCAGCAGACCCAGGCAGACCUCACCCACGUCGAUGACCUCCCGCCUUUAGGCAACGACAUGGCUUCCCGAGUUUGGGUCCAGAACAAAGUGGACGAGUCAAAACACGAAAUACACUCUCAGGUUGAUGCCAUCACUGCAGGGACAGCGUCCGUGGUGAACCUUACAGCAGGGGACCCGGUCGACACAGACUACACAGCGGUGGGCUGUGCCAUCACCACCAUCUCCUCCAACCUCACGGAGAUGUCCAAGGGGGUCAAGCUGUUGGCGGCUCUCAUGGACGACGAGGUCGGAAGUGGGGAGGACCUGCUGAAGGCCGCUCGGACCCUGGCGGGGGCCGUCUCAAACCUACUCAAAGCGGUGGAACCGACAUCGGGAGAGCCCCGCCAGACUGUUCUGACCGCAGCCGGAAGCAUCGGCCAAGCCAGCGGGGAGCUGCUCCGGCAGAUCGGGGAGAACGAGGCGGACGAGCGCUUCCAGGACGUCUUGAUGAGCCUGGCCAAAGCUGUGGCCAACGCCGCCGCCAUGUUGGUGCUGAAGGCCAAGAACGUGGCUCAGGUGGCCGAGGACACCGUUCUGCAGAACAGGGUGAUUGCGGCUGCCACGCAGUGCGCCCUCUCCACCUCGCAGCUGGUGGCUUGUGCAAAGGUGGUCAGCCCCACCAUCAGCUCCCCGGUGUGUCAGGAGCAGCUGAUUGAAGCCGGGAAGCUGGUGGACCGCUCCGUGGAGAACUGUGUGCGGGCGUGCCAGGCUGCCACGGAUGACACUGAACUGCUCAAGCAAGUCAGCGCGGCCGCCAGCGUGGUCAGCCAGGCCCUGAAUGACCUCCUGCAGCACGUCCGCCAGUUUGCCAGCCGGGGAGAACCCAUCGGGCGCUACGAUCAGGCCACCGACACCAUCAUGUAUGUCACCGAGAGCAUCUUCAGUUCCAUGGGGGAUGCCGGGGAAAUGGUGCGGCAGGCCAGGGUGUUAGCGCAAGCAACUUCAGAUCUGGUGAACGCCAUGCGCUCAGACGCCGAGGCAGAAAUCGACAUGGAGAACUCGAAGAAGCUCCUGGCGGCUGCCAAACUUCUCGCCGAUUCCACAGCCCGGAUGGUAGAAGCUGCAAAGGGAGCUGCUGCCAACCCCGACAACGAAGACCAGCAGCAGAGGCUGCGGGAAGCGGCCGAAGGGCUCCGUGUGGCCACCAACGCAGCUGCCCAGAACGCCAUUAAGAAGAAGAUUGUGAACCGACUGGAGGUGGCAGCAAAACAGGCCGCUGCAGCCGCCACUCAAACCAUCGCAGCCUCGCAGAACGCCGCCAUCUCGAACAAGAACAGCGCGGCCCACCAGCAGCUGGUCCAGAGCUGCAAGAACGUGGCUGACCACAUCCCGCAGCUGGUCCAAGGAGUGCGAGGGAGCCAAGCGCAGGCGGAGGACCUGGGCGCCCAACUCACCUUGAUCAACUCCAGCCAAAGUUUCCUCCAGCCAGGGAGCAAAAUGGUGGCUUCAGCCAAAGCAGCGGUCCCAACUGUGAGUGACCAGGCGGCGGCCAUGCAGCUGAGCCAGUGUGCCAAGAAUCUGGCCACCAGCCUGGCGGAGCUGAGGACGGCUUCUCAGAAGGCACACGAAGCCUGUGGCCCCAUGGAGAUCGACUCUGCCUUGAACACUGUCCAGACGCUGAAAAAUGAACUGCAGGACGCAAAGAUGGCGGCUCUGGAUGGACAGUUGAAGCCUCUUCCGGGGGAAACGGUGUUCCAGUCCAGGGAUGUUCCCGAGAAGACCUGCUCCCCCGAAGAAUCCAUCCGGAUGACGAAAGGCAUCACCAUGGCAACGGCCAAAGCCGUGGCAGCCGGGAAUUCCUGCCGGCAAGAGGACGUGAUCGCCACGGCCAACCUCAGCCGCAAAGCCGUGGCCGACAUGCUGGCCGCCUGCAAGCAAGCCUCCUAUCACCCGGAUGUCAGCGAAGAGGUGCGGCUGAGGGCGCUGCAUUAUGGGACGGAGUGCACCUUGGCUUACUUGCAGCUCCUGGAACACGUCCUGAUGAUCCUCCAGAAGCCCAGUGCCGAGCUGAAGCACCCUCUGACUGCCUUGUCCAAGGGGGUCGCGGGGGCCGUGACGGAGCUCAUACAGUCGGCCGAAGCCAUGAAAGGGACCGAAUGGGUCAACCCCGAGGACCCCACCGUGAUCGCCGAGACAGAAUUACUCGGAGCUGCCGCUUCCAUCGAAGCAGCUGCCAAGAAGCUGGAGCAGCUGAAGCCCAGAGCCAAGCCCAAGCAGGCGGACGAGACCCUCGACUUUGAAGAACAGAUUCUGGAAGCGGCCAAGUCCAUUGCUGCCGCCACCAGCGCCCUGGUCAAGUCGGCUUCUGCUGCCCAGCGAGAGCUGGUCGCCCAAGGCAAGGUGGGGGCCAUUCCUGCCAACGCCGUCGAUGAUGGCCAGUGGUCCCAGGGGCUGAUCUCUGCGGCCCGGAUGGUGGCAGCUGCAACCAGCAACCUCUGCGAGGCAGCCAACGCCUCCGUCCAAGGCCACGCCAGCGAGGAGAAGCUCAUCUCCUCGGCCAAGCAAGUGGCCGCUUCCACGGCUCAGCUGCUGGUGGCCUGCAAAGUGAAGGCUGACCAGGACUCGGAGGCCAUGAGGAGGCUGCAGGUGGCGGGCAACGCCGUGAAACGGGCGUCGGACAACCUGGUGAGGGCAGCCCAGAAGGCGGCCUUUGGGAAGGCGGAUGACGAUGACGUGGUGGUGAAGACCAAGUUUGUGGGGGGCAUCGCGCAGAUCAUCGCAGCCCAGGAGGAGAUGCUGAAGAAGGAGCGGGAAUUGGAGGAAGCCCGGAAGAAGCUGGCCCAGAUCCGCCAGCAGCAGUACAAGUUCCUCCCGAGCGAACUGCGGGAAGAGGAGGGCUAA